UAUCGGCCGUGUGGCUGUCAGUCGACCCGUUCACAGUGUCCCUGUGUCCGGCUGAUGGGCACACCUCACACCGGUCCAUUCUCGCCUUCCGCCUGGGUCUUCUCGGUCGGCGUCGCCCUCCUGUUGCUGUCCGUCUCCGCCCAGUCCGUGGUUGUUGUCCUGCUGAGGGGUGUAUGGUUCUAGUGGUGGGGUGGAGUACCUCUCUUCAGCAGCCAUGUCGGGCUUCAAUCUGCUGCAUCUCAUAACCAAGAGUCAGCCUGUGGCUCUGAGGUCCUGCAGUCUUCCCUCAGGUGCACGUCGUACAAAGAAGACAUGGCCGGUGAGCUUCUCUCAGGAGGAGCUGAAGAAAAGGCUCACACCGAUGCAGUAUCAUGUGACGCAGGAACGUGGAACUGAAAGUGCCUUCACUGGAGAGUUGACACAUAAUAAAGAUGACGGCACCUACACCUGUGUCGUCUGUGGAACACCGUUAUUCAGCUCCAGGACUAAGUUUGACUCAGGAUCAGGUUGGCCAUCUUUUUAUGACCUGGUAAAAGAAGAGUCCAUCACUCUGUCUGAUGACUUCUCCUAUGGGAUGCACAGAGUGGAGACUACCUGCAGCCAGUGCGGAGCUCACCUGGGCCACCUGUUUGAUGACGGACCCAGACCCACAGGAAAACGCUACUGCAUUAACUCGGCCUCGUUGGCUUUCCAGCCUGAAGGCACGUCCUCCUCUAGCCCCACGACCCAGAGCGAAGCAGCCAGCAGCAAAGACGCCGAGGAGAAGACAGAGCUGUAGGGGAAAAAAAGAAAAGGCUUAAGAAGGAUGAGCAUUGUGUACAGAUGUUGUUCAGGAGGUUUACCUUUGGUUCACAAAAGAAAGAUCCAGUAGAGUUGGUAUAAACAUGGAAAGGAAGCCAACUAUACAGACCAAAUAAUCCACAAAUUCUGUAGCCACAGUCAAAACUGCAACACACGCUCCAUCAGCUGACUGCCUUAAACGAAUAUUUCUGUAUUUGCUGCUCAUAAUAUUUUAGUCACUACUUCUGUUGCUCAGAUUUGGCAAAUUAUGAGAAAGACGACCAUGUAAUGGGCUUGGUAGUUUCACAGUAUCUACAGAGAGUUUAUUUUCAGAUGGACUCGGGAGUAUUUGAGUCCAGUCUGUGUUACUGGAUACUUUCAUAUGAUAGAGAAUUUAGGCCACACCGAGGGACAAAAAAUCAUUUUCCAGAAAAAGAAAACGACAAGAAUAAAGUUACUAUAUUUUGAGAAAAGUCAUAUUAGGAGAAUGAAGUUGUAAAAUUUAGAGAAUAGUUAUGUAUGUUGCAAGAGUUGUUAAAUUUACCAACUGACCCGAAUGCAUCAGCAGCUGUUUGUGUUUAAUAAAUACAAUUUUACUGCUCAAUUGAAAAUAUGAAAGAAUAUAGAAUCCUGAAAAAAAUCUAGUGUUUGAAGACAUCAUUACAAUAUGAAAAGAUAGAAGAGAUUACGUGGAAAGGUUUUUAUGAUAAAGAAAGAAAAGGAGUUAUCCUAAUAAACCGUUGUACCAAAUUCAUCCGUAAAUACAGGUUUACAGUCUCAUUGCAUCAUUACUUAUUAGUUCUUACAAAGAAAUUUCAUACAAAUGAGAUGAAAAUGUUUCUCUUGUAACUGACUUUUUCUCAAAAUAUUAUAAUUCUAUUUUUUGCGUCUGUUGUGUCCUCACAGAAAAUAUCCAACUCUAUCUGUCAUGGUAACAAACACAGUACUAUCAUAUAGUUGUAUUGCCUCUAAAGUCUUUUGGUUGUAUUUACUGCUUAUUUAAACACGACUGAAGUGCUGUGUAGUCACAAACAUACAGGUAUGUGUAUGAUUUAGGACUUUUUAUACUCUAAACAGUUAUUAUACAGUAUAUUUUUGAAGUGCUAUUUGAUACUGAAAGGUUAAGAUUACCUAUGCAAGUACUGCCACCAGUAGAGACAGAUGACGAUGUCCCACCCACGGCCUGCCCGGGCACUCUGUUUGUUUUAGUUUUUGUUCACAGCUUGCACUCAGACAUUUAAUGGAUGAUUAAAAUAUCUAAAAACACUGUGUGACGUUCCAUUUUUGUGUGAAAAUAUCCUCAAAUCAAGG